AUGAAUAGCAGAGACGAUAUUCCGAGCGGUGAAACUACUACCAAGAAACAACUACGAAUGAUUUCAGUAGCGUUUAAGGAUGCCUCUUUAGACUCUCCAUCAUUCAGAGCAUCUGUCAAUUUCUUUCAAACAAGAGUGGAAUUAUUUGAAGAUUGGUUACAGAAGACUACAGAUUUCUAUGACCAUAAAUAUAAAGCAUCUUUUGAAGAUUUCCAAAGAGCCAAAGAAACUGUAUUAUCACAAUUAUUACCGUCCCCUACCAUGCUAAGUAACGGUUCCGUAAGUAACCAAACAUUUACUCCUACAAUAAUAGAUGGAUUUAUCAAAGAUUAUACAGAAGUUUCCAACAGAUUAUUACGAUUCAUACUAAAUGAAGAUAUAGGGCAUUCUACAUACCUUACUGAAUUACUUUCCAAUGCCAUUGAACCAUAUAGAAACACAAGAACAAACUUUGAAUAUUAUCAAACAAAAUAUGAUACAUUACUAGCAGCAUAUCAAUCAAUUAAAGUUUCCAAUGCAAACGUGGAUCCAAAUUCAAUUAAAAAUGACGUCAUGCAAUUGUUUGAAUUACACAAGAGUUACCUUGCUGCAUCAUUAGACUUAAUCAGUGCCAUUUCAGUAUUACAGUUAAGUUUCGAUAAGUUUCUAUUAGAUGCUACCACCAGUUUGAAAGAAAACACCAUGUUCUCAUUCAAAGAAUCAGGUCAAAGUCUUGAUUUGGCACCUUCUAUGAAUGAAUAUUUAAAUGAUUAUUCCAUAUGGGUUAGUAAUUCCAUUGAAGGCGCUAAAGCUUUAGAAUUUGAUAUUCAAAACGCAAGGAAACAAAUAUUCAACUAUACUAUUAAGAGAAUUACUCCAUCUGAUAAUAUUGACGAUUAUAAUAUUAGAAGUAUUAGAUCUUCAGAUUUGAUUAAUAUACGAACGUUAAAAUUGCCUCAAACAUCACCUGAAAAAUCUGGUUGGUUGUUCAUGAAAACAAUGGUGGGGAAACCAAGUAGAACAGUAUGGGUUAGACGAUGGUGUUUCUUAACUAAUUCCAUAUUUGGAUUAUUUUUAUUAUCUCCAUCGAAAACUUACGUGGAGGAAACUGAUAAAUUCGGUGUCUUAUUGACUAAUGUAAGAUAUGAUCCUGAUGAAGAUAGGAAGUUUUGUUUUGAAGUUAGGAUCUUGGGGAAUAAAGCUACUGAGGGACCCAAUAUUCCUAAGGAUAUAUCUUUAGUCUUCCAAGCGGAAAGUUUAAUCGAAUUAAAAUCUUGGUUAGUUGCAUUUGAAUCUUCGAAAAAAUACGCAUUCUCAUUGAAUCCAAAUUAUUUUCAACAUGAAAUUGCAUUUAAAAGAUUUUCACCAAAAUAUUUUGAAUUCGCAUCAAGUACAACAACAACUAUUGAUCAAUUAAUUACCACAUUUGAUCAUGAUACUAAAUCAUUAACUGAAUAUUUAGAUUAUUCAUUUUCAGAAUAUGAAGUCCUAUCGUUAACAAAUAUGAAAUUAUUUCAAUUUCAAAUGGUGAUGACGCCAAUUUGUACUAAGAUGACACAAUUAGCAAUUCUUUCCAAUUUCUUCACAAAGGGUAGUUGGUUCCCCACAGCAAUUCUUGCCAAUAUUUGGGGGACCACCAAUUGGAGCGAUUAUUCAUUAUUAACAGGGUUGCUUUCUCCUAAUUUGACAAAUCAUGUUGAUAAAUCAUCGAAAACGAAACCAUUGAUCUUAACUAAAUCACAUAAAUUAUUAUCUACAAUGAAUUCACUUACUUAUCCCUCUUAUUAUCCAAAUGAUUUGAAAAUAACAGAUCUUCAAUUUAAAAAUUUAUUUUACUUAAUUGAUCAAAGAUUAAUUAAUCAUGAAAAUGAAUUUGUACUUUACAAGUUUGAUACAUUUUGGUGCCCAAAUAAGAAACAAAAAUUUUCAUCGACAUGUUUCGUCACCAUUGAUAACUUGUAUUAUUAUAUGAAUUCAAUGGGAUUUAUUUGUUUAAAUAGGUUAAGUAUUGAUGAUAUUGUUUCCGUCGAAGUUGAUAAAUCUACUAAAGAUAAUUUGAAAAUGUAUGAUGUUAAUGGAUUAGAACUAAAAUCAAGAAUAUUAUUCACCGAUCGUAGAAUCAUUGUAACUAAAUUCCAAUAUCUUUUAGAAAAUAGAGUAUCCAAGACUAAACAAAGUUUGGAAACUAUUUUGAAGAAGUUUGCCUCUAUUGAUAAAGAAUUUCAAGAAAAGAAACAAAUGGAGAAAAUUGCGUUAGAAAGAGGUAAAUUCAGCGUUAAAUCUUCAAUCACUGGAGCUAUCGCUGAUACUACUACUACUAAUACUACUACUACAAAUAAUAAUAAUGGCGUUGCUGUGCUUGAGCCAUUCAAUAAAAACAAACUUGAAUUACAAACUAGUUUUUGGAAUAUUGAUACAUCUACCUCAGACUUAAUCAAAAGAAUUAAGCAAAUAGAAACAGAAUAUUCUAUUACUUAUAAACAUGAAUAUGCAAUCCCAUCCAAAGGUUUAUUACAUAUUUUAUUUGGUGAUAGAUCUGAAGCAUUUCCUCGUUGUUUAUUUUUAGCACAUAAGACGAGUAAUAAAAAUGUUAAUUGGAAUUGGAAAGAGGAAAAAGUUACUGAAGAUACUACACAACUGGUUCGUUCCAUUCAAUUUGAAGUUAACAAAACAAGCAGUUUCAUAAGGAACAGGACUCAUACACGUCGUCCAGAAAUAGAAUUAUUAACUUUGAAGCAAAGAGUUAUUAAGAUGAUUGAUAAUAAAUAUUAUGAAAUUGAUAAUGAUCCAUUAUAUGUUAAAGUACCAUUUUGUCAUGUUUUAAAGAUUAGUGCCAAAUAUAUUAUUACGAACAAUGCUGAUGCUGAUGAAAAAUCUAAAGGGAUGGAAUUCACUAAGGGGUCAUUAUUACAUUUAUUUUAUAAGAUUGAAUUUAUUAAUUCUACUACAGGUGAACCAAUUGUUAAAGUCAAUCCGUUUGAAAAAUUACAAAUUAGUUUCGCUUUAAGAUUCCUUAAUAGUGAGUAUCUUUCAAUUAGGAAAGUGAUUAGGUAUUACUUAGAAAGAAUUGGGAGACAUGGUAAAGUUCUUAAAUCCAUUAGAAUUUGUGGGUUAAUUGGUGUUUCCAAAGGAAAUGAAGAAGAUUCGAAAGCUAACAAUGACCCUUCUACCACUAUCGCUUCAACAAGGAAAACGAAAGGUUAUGAUGUUAUAUAUCCAUUCUCGACAAUAUUAAACAUUUUUAUAAUGUUUUCUAUUUAUCGUAUUACCAAUGUUGUAUUUGUAUUUGGAAGAUUAGCCAUUACCAUAGUACUCAAUAUUGGUAAUACGAUCAAAAAUUUGAAUAGAACCUUAGUGUUUGGAUUACUAGUAUCAGUAUUGUAUAAUAUGUUCCUUUCUGGUAAGACAGUGAAGACAUAUUGGUCAGUGAAGAGGGUUGAAGAUUCAUUUGAGAAAUUUAUGGAAGGUGCACAAAAGGGUACGAUGCAAAGGGCGAUCUCAAUAAAGGAUCUCGAUCUAUUAACGAAUAAUUUAGUAUCAGAAAAUGAUAAUUAUGCAUUUCAAAAAUACAAUGAAAGAAGUCUAGAGAAGGAUUCACAAUAUAGACAAACUAGACAAGAAAUUGCCAUUAGAAGGAAUGAAUUGUUAGUUGAGUUAAGGAUUUUGCAAAAUAUGGAAAGGGAAGUUGUACAAGGAGAUUACAGAAAGUUUUUAAUACAAGAGAUUGAUAAUUGUCGUGUUGUUAAGAGUGAAAUGGAGGAUGUUUGGAGUAAGGACACUAAAUUACAAGGAUAUUGCAAAAGUUGCAGCAACGAACUGGAAAGACUAAGUACUUUAUUAUUAUAA